UACAUUGUUAGAUGGAUAACACAUUGAUAAAAAUCAGUUGGCAUUUUAACAUAGAUAAUCAGUUUGCUAUUCUCGUAGUCAUUCAUUAGUAAGUCAACAUAGAUUUUAUCUUGUGGAGUGAAGAUACAGACAUGGCUGCUUAUAAACAGUUAAGAAGUAGAAAACUCAAUAUGGCUACUGAUGGAGAAAAUUUUACCAUGCCAACAUCUAGUCGGAAGCGACCUCAUGCUCAUGAUAUGACCAGUGUGGAUAGGGAAGUAGAACACAUUAUGGGAGAUACAAGGCUACCAAGAGUUCAGAUUCCUUCAAGGAACAAGAUUGCACCAGCUCCAUUCAGCCAUGAACAAGAAGCUAUUGAUACCAAUGCUUUAACAGACUAUAGUGUUAAAAUCACAAUGGAGGAUGCCAUGUCUGGCAAUGUGUCCAGACCAGUUAGGAUAUAUGCUGAUGGAAUAUAUGAUAUGUUCCACACUGGACAUGCCCGCCAACUGAUGCAGGCCAAAAUGGCUUUCCCACAUACAUAUUUGAUUGUUGGUGUUUGCAGUGAUGAAAUGACUUUCAAGAACAAGGGGAGAACAGUAAUGAAUGAUAGUGAGCGUUAUGAGGCUGUCCGACACUGCCGAUAUGUGGAUGAGGUCGUUACCGAUGCUCCAUGGACUUUGGAUAUGAGUUUCUUAGAAAAACACAAAAUAGAUUUUGUUGCCCAUGAUGAUCUUCCAUACACAACAGGCUCUGCUGAUGAUGUCUAUAAAUUUGUCAAAGAAAAAGGAAUGUUCUUAGCAACACAGCGAACAGAAGGUAUAUCCACAACAGAUGUAAUUACCAGAAUUAUAAAAGACUAUGAUGUUUAUAUUCGAAGGAACUUGGCACGGGGCUAUUCUCACAAAGAUUUGAAUGUCAGUUACAUGAAGGCUAAACGUCUCAAAUUGAAGGAUAACUAUGAAAAGCUGGAAAGUAGAAUCAAAGACAAAGGCAAAGAUCUCAUGGACAAGUGGAAAGAUCAGUUAGGAAAAGGCAAUGAAAUGUUGCACAGAUGGGAAGAAAAAUCUAAAGAAUUAAUCGGCAACUUUGUAGAAAUGUUUGGUCGAGAUGGGAAACUGGGUCAAUGGCUUCAAGAAAACUCACUUCGGCUACGGGAGGUCAUUUCACCAGCAUCCUCUCCGCUGCCUGACUCUCCACCAUCCCCUUCCACUUCAGAUCAGGACUCAGCUGCCAGCCCGCCUACAAAAAGAAGUCGUUUUACUCCUCCCCUUAUGGACAAUGAUGUUUCAGAAGAGGAUGACAUUGAAGAUGAUUAGUUUAGAUUCUAAGAGAAAUUAAUUUGAACAAGUCAUCCAAUUGCAAAUUAUUUAGUAUAAUUUUUUGAAAAACAUAAGAUUUGUCUUGAAUCUACUUUAAUUUAUUUCAGUGAUAUGAACUAGUAUGUUUCAAAGUUUUGUUAAAAUUCCAAUCUGUGCUCUGGCUAAAAAAAAAAGAAAAAGGUGACAUUCCUUUUAUUUAAAAAGUUAUAUAUUAAUUCUAUCUACAUAGAGGUAUAUGUACUGUUCAUAUAUUUAUUGAUUAAUUAUGUAUAAAUUUUAAAACUAACUUAUAAGCUGUAAAACUUUAUGUAUAUCUUGUUUAGAAUUUUUUUUUGUGGUGGAUUGGAAAGUUAAGUGAUUAAAAUAAUAUUAUGUAUACUUUAUAAUAAAUUAGACAUGGUUUUGAUGAUUAAUUAAAAUUUUAUAACUAAGUAAAUCCAUGCUUAAUUUUUCAAUAUUCCUAAUUGAAAAUAAAAUAUAUUUUAUUUAAAAAAAAAGACAGAAAACAUUUAAGAAAAAAAGGUUGGGGAGGGGGCAAAAAUUGUCUUUUGGACAUUUUGAGACAUCAAUAUUUUAUUAAAAUGUCUAAAUAGCGCUAAUAAUGUUAAGAUUGUUAUUUCAACUAUGUGUUUUAUUUAAGUGAGCAUUUGAAUGACUGUACCUGGUCUUUCUCCAAUCUAUAAGAAAAAAAAAUAAAUCAAUGUUUAACAUUAAAAAGUUUUUUUUUUAUCUGUAUAAACUGUGACUGUAAUUUAGAUAAAUGUUAAUUACAAAUAGAAACUUCAUAAAAUUAUCUCUAAAAUGAAAAUAUUUACUUAUCUGUGCAUCUACAGAUCUUUUAUUUAAAAGCCAAAACCAUUUUAUUCUUGUAAACACAUUAAUUGAAAUUUAUUUCUACAUUUUACUUACUUUUUGCACCUUGAUAUAUCUAUUUCCCUUUUGAAUGCAAAAUCAAUGGCUAAUUAUUGUACAUGAGGAAAGGUACAAAAUAUUGAGUUUUCAUUAAAGAUAAGUUUCUGUUUGUACUUUCUUGAUAAGUAGAACUAAAAACAUGGUGUACCCAUUUCAAUGUCUGUUUUGAUCUAAUUAAGACACAUUAUUAUUCAUUAUUUUUCAUCCCCUUUUUAUUCUUUACAAAAUGCAAUCAGCAACUUUGUAACCUUUCAUAGAAUUGGGUCACAGGUUUAUUUGAUUUAGCAGAUAAAAUUUAUUAAUACUUUGAGGUUUACUACAAAACUUAUUAUUUAAUAAGCACUAUAAAAGUAUUAUUUUUUAAAUUCAUAGUCAUUAGUCAUGUGGAAUAUAUAUUUUGUGUAAGACAUAGAAUCUAACAUUGCAAUAGUUGUGAUUAGCUAAGGGAGUAAUAUAUUUAAGCAAAAUAAUUAUUGCAGUUGUGGAAUCAUGCUAGUUUACUCAUAAUGUAUUGUGCUUAAAUUUGUAAAAAAGAAAACAUAAGAUCUUUUGCAAUUAAUUGACUUUUUUUUUUCACGUUAUACAAAGAGUUAUUUUACAUUUUUGUUCAUUUUAAAAAUGUGUAAGUCUACAUGUCAAAUUAUUGAUAGAGACCCAUUUAGGGUUAAAAUGUUAACUCAUUUACACCAUUUGCUAUUUUGUAAAAAGUUGAAUUUGGUAAAUAAAUUUCAAAUUUAUGCAAAUUAACUGAAUGAGGUCUACAGCAUAAUACUUUAGUUGAGAAAAUAUAAGAGAUUAUCUAGUGCUUGACCUUAAGAAAUAAAAUUGCGUAUUUCCUAUAACAAAAUAUGGUUCAAAAAAUAUUUUUUAAACUAUAUGUCUCCUGAUAAAACAAAUUACAUAUUUUUUAUCUGUAUUUUUUAAUACGAAUUCUUAUAAUUAUAUAGAGUCUUGAUUCCGGGUAUCUAGUUUCCUUUACUAAUACCUAAACCGGCCGACAUGUUGACAAAGUUACAAAUAAAGCUGAAUGAUCUCC